AUGAACGUGAAUGUUAAUUUAUAAUUGGAAGAAGUGUAAAUGUAAGCAAAUAAAAUAGACAAUCUUUGGAAAACAUUUUAAAAAUAAAUCUAAAACAAUUAACCUGUAAUAGUAAUUUUAUUAGGAUCUGCUAGAUGUGGAAAAACAACUUUAUUCGAUUUCCUCAAAGGAUCCAAAUUUUAACUAUCAAACAAUAAUUCAAAAUACCCUAAAUUAGAAGUAAUUCAAGAUUAAUCUUCAGAUUUGAAUUACAAUAAUAAUUCCAAUUAUAUUGAUAACCCAUCUGAGCUCAAUUUUUCUUAUAUUCAACCAAUAAAUCACUUAUUAUUAACUUUUUCAAAUUUUGUUGAUUUAAAAAAUGUGAUGCAUAGUUUAGUUUGGGAGGAAUUUUUUCUAAGAUUGAUAAAUAAUUAAUAUUAAAUAAAGAUUGUUUAUAUAGAAAAGCAUCCAGAAACUGAACUUUAGUCAAGAGGAUGUGAAUUGUAAAGUUUUAUAAAGAAGUAUUUUGGAUAAAGGUGCACAAUUUUCGAAGAAUUAACUAUUAUAUUAAAUUUAUACUAAGAAUAGUUAUCAGAUGAAGAAUUGAUCGAAAGUGUAUAAGGAGAGUUAAAAUAAAUAUGUGGAAAAAAUGAUUAAGACUUAUUUGUUUUUAGGAAAAUAAAAUUGCAAGGAGAUCUUGAGAAAUAUUUUACUAACAAUUAUAGAAUUUAGAUUUUGAAUACUCUUGUAUCGAAAAAAUCUAUAAAUCUGAAUCAAGACUAAUUCACUUUAGACUUUAAUAUAAUAAAUAUAUUAGAGUCUAUUUUUAUCUAACCUUUUACUGCGAUCAUAAACUAAAUAAAUUAAGAGUACAAUAAUAAUGAAUAAUCCUUAAAGUUAAAUGAUCUCUAGACUCUUUAAUAAUAAUUUGAAAAUUUGUCACUAUCUGUAAGAAAUUAAGGAAAAAAUUUAUAAUUUUGGUUUGACGAAUUUUUAACAACAUCCAGCAUUAUCAUAAAACAUAUCUCAUCUACUUCUGAUCAAUUUAUUCAAUAUGAUUUUCAAAAGUUUCGCUAUUUAGUUUUACAUUUUUCAAAUGUAAUUACUGCAUCUCAAAUUGUUGAUAAAAUAAUUAAACUAAUUCUUAAUUCUUGCUAAGAAAUGCUUUAAAAUGUAAGACUAAAAUUAUAAUUGUUUUAAUUUGAGCAAAAUAAAAAUACAAAUAAAAAUUCUUAAAAGUAACAACUUUUAUUAAAUUUUUCACAACCUUAAUUACAAAAUCUUAUUCUUUUGAACGGAUAAGAAAAUAAUAUCGAUCCAUCAGAAAAUUUUCCAUAUACUCCUAAAUACCAUGAAUAAUUGCAUAUAUAUUCAACUUAAAUAAAAACGACAUAAUUAAUAAUUAAUUAAUUAAAUAAGUAAAUUCAAAUAGAUUAAACCUAGCUAUACUAAGAAAUACUAAAAUCUAAUCCUUCGAUAGCUUAAACGUUCAUUCUUAUUACAUAAUAAAUAGAAAAGGUGAAUAGCUUAGAGAUAUAAAAAAAUUAAAUAAAUCAGAAAAUCUUCAAUUAUGCUGUAUAAAAACCUCAAAGCUGUUAAUUGAUUUGAAUAACAAUUUAUCU